AUGUCUGAUAUUGAGAGCAACGGAGCCGCUGAGGAGGUUGCAGUUGAGCCCGAAGAGGAGGGCGUCAAGGACCUGAAAACCGCCAUUAAGAGAGUUUUGAAGAAUGCGUUGAUCCAUGAUGGUUUGGCUCGGGGUCUGCACGAGGUGGCGAAGGCAUUGGAUUCGAAGAGGGCGCAGGCAUGCUUCUUAGCAGAGAGCUGCUCUGAGCCUGCAUACAAGAAGUUGGUGGAGGGUCUAUGCAAGGAGCAUAAGAUUCCCCUUAUUGAAGUUGCAGACAGCAAGGAGCUCGGCCAGUGGGCAGGCCUCUGCCGCAUAGACAACGAGGGCGCAGCACGCCGCGUAGUCGGGGCUUCAUGCGUUGCUGUUACAGAUUUCGGAGAGCAGAGCGAAGCCCUCACUUUCCUACAGGGCCACAUUCAGUCUCUCUCUCAGUAG